AUGGAUGACAUGAUAAGUAGUCCAAGAGAUUCCUCAAGGGCAAAUUCUGUUCUAAAAGAUCUUUUAAGUUAUUAUAACUUGGAAUUGGAGGAGGAGGAAGAGAGUGACGAUAAUACAAGUACAUUUAGUUUCAAACAACAAAAUUAUAGAGAUGAGAAAUCUCAAAAUAAUUUCAAACCAGCGAAUACUACAGUAGAUAUUAUCACAAUUUCAGAAGAAGCCAUUGACAAUUCUUCUUCAGAGCUUUUAAAAAAGAAAUUCGAGGAGGAAGAAAGAGAACGAGAAAUAGAAAGGAAAAAGCAAGAGUUUGAACUUAGGGAAAAACAAAGAAAAUAUCAAGAAGAGAAGAGAAAAAGAGAUGAUGAAGAAAGACAAGAGAAUGAAAAAGUCAAGAAACAGUUGGAGCAACAAGAAAUCUUAUUCAAGAAACAGCAAGCUGAAAUAGAGAGACAAAUUGUAGCAGCCCAGAAAAAAAAAGAAGAAGAACUGCAGCAGGAAAUUGAAAAACAAGAGAUCCUAGAAAAGUUAAUGCUCAAGAAACAAGAAGAGCAAAGACUCAAGGAAGAACAAGAAAGGAAACAAAUCGAAGCAUUAAAAACAGAAAAAGCUCUUCAAAGAAAGAAAAAAAUUGACAAUGACAAAAAACUCAAGGAAGUGGAAAAGAAAAAAAAAGAAGAAGAAGAAAGAAUAAGAAAAGAGCAGGAAAUUAAGAGAAUAGAAGAGGAUAAGAGAAGGAAACAACAAGAGGAGGAAAAGCUCAAAAGAGAUAUGGAACAAAAGAGGAUUGAAGAAGAAAAGAAGAGGGAAAGAGAUCGUUUAAAAUCUAUCAAAAGACUGUACAUUAUCAAAUGUAUAUUAGAGUCAGUAGAGAAUUCUAGAAAGUCAAAAUGUUGGACUCUAUUCCAGGACUUUGAAAGGUGGAGAGCAACAAUCAAAAAUUUCUCAAAACCUCCCCCACUCCCAACACCAACACUUGUGAAAGACAGUUCCUCUUCAUCUCUUUCAAAGCCUUUUUCAAUUCUUGAUGAAGAAAAACUGGAGAACAACAUGCCUUUUGAAAAGGAUGACAACACAGUCGUAUUGAUCAAUAUUAGAGGAGAAGAAAUAUCUUCAAUCAAAGAAAGAGUUUUCGAGCCAUUCUAUAAUUUGAGAGCACUUUUUCUUGAUACCAACGUUCUUCAAUCUUUGGGUACGCUUAAAAAUUUGAAUCAACUUGAGUGCUUAUCACUAAAUGAUAACAGGUUAACCUCAAUUCAAAUGAACAGAGAAAUAGCUUCAAAACUCAAAGAAUUGUAUGCCAUAGGAAAUAAUAUUACUUCUCUUGGUUCUUUAAGAAAUACUUGCCAAUUAAGAGGUAUUAAUAUGUGUAAUAACAAAAUUCAAGACUUGAGUGGAUUACAAAAUAAUAGAAAUUUACAAUAUUUACGAGUGGAUAUUAAUCAAAUAUCAGAUUUAAGAGUGUUGGAUGGAUUUUCAAAUUUACAAUACUUGGAUUGUGGAUACAACGAAUUAGAAUCUCUUCACAAUUUCUUGAGGUAUAACCUAUUGUUAGAGGAUUUAAUACUGUACCAAAACAAAAUAAUGCAAGUUCCAUCCUUUCAUCAAGUACUUUUAAAGAGUUUGUAUUUGAAUACCAACCAAAUUGUUCAGCUUCCUAACCAAUUUUUAUUUUCCCCUCUUUUGCAAUAUUUGAACUUGAGCAAUAACAAGAUUGAACACAUAUCACCACUCUCAAAUUGUAUCAUGUUGAGGAAUGUUAAUUUAUCUUUCAACAAUAUACAAUCAAUAGAUGAGAUAUUACACCUAAAAUAUUGUAGAAACAUUGAGGAAGUUAAAAUCAAUGACAACCCAAUAUGUAAGGGUGUUUUAUAUAGAGAAUUAUUGAUUGGAAUUCUCCCAAAUUUGAACAAUCUUGAUGGUGAGCCUGUAAGCAUGAAUUCAAGAUUUAGUGUAGUUUCUCAUCUUGUUCACUAUUCUCCAAGAUUGGUGGGCCAUUUGGUGUCAUUUAUCAAUCAUUCACUAAAAAUCUGCGUUCCGUCAAUUGAGGCAAAUCAAUUGAGAGAAAAUUCAUAUAAAUUUAUGAGAGAUGCCAUCACCUUGGACAAGUCCCAAAGGAGUUUACAAGCCCUUCCAAUAACAGAGUGGAAUACAAAAACCACCUACUAUUAUAUGUGUUCCAAACAAGUUAUUGAGCGAUCUCAAUUCAAUAAUUACCAUCAAUGCCUUAGUGCUGAGAGAUUUGAUGAGAGGAGCUUUCAAAAGGUUCAGCAACGUUUCUCAAAGAGAUUGGACACCCGUUUAUCCCAGUAUGAGCAAAAGUCAGAACAAAAAUCAAAGCACUUUGAGGAGCACUUGAACUUUAAUCCUAAAAAACACCAAAACCAUUUCAGUCAAAAUACUGAAUACCAGGAAAAGGUUAACAAAAUACACUCGGUAUGUCUAAUCCAGAGAUGGUUCAGAUUCUGGCGAGUAGCAAAAAGAAAACACAACGAUCAACUUAAGAAUGAGGCAGCGGUUAAAAUUCAAAAGGUGUGGAAGGGCUACAUUUCCAGAAAAAAGAACCUCCCUUGGAUUCUUAAGGCUCUUCAUACGAGACACCUAGCUGCAACCAAGAUUCAAUCUGUUUGGAAAGGAUACAGAGUUAGAACUAUUUUAAAAAGGGCUAGACAAUUCGAAGCUGAUGAAAUAUUUGAGUUGGAAAAUGCAGUUGACGAUUUGGAAUAUACAGGUGUGGAUACUGAUUUAAUAGAUGUAAAAAUUCCAGAAAAAAGAAAGAAUAGAAAAUUCGAAGUGUACUAUUAUGAUGUAAAUACCAAAACAAGUCAUGGAGGUGAUGAAAAUAUCAAGGAACACUUUUUCCCUACUCAACCAUCAAGUUCAACUCUUUCCAAAAAUCAGAAAUGGAUAUCUAAUGAGGAUGACGAGGUGAAUACAUCAACAAUCAAUACCUCAGAAAAUGUUGAAGACGAGGAUGUAGAUGACUCCAUUAGAAUCAGUUCAAAUAGUAUUUUGAAAAAUUCCAUUUCUGAUAGCCAAAAUGGAACGAACCCAAAUCUUGAAGCCUUAAAAAAUAAUUGGAACUUUAAGAAUAUUGAAACAGCUAAAGAUUUGUUCGCCAAAAACAAGAGAAUGAACAAGUUGAAAAUGCAAAAAAAAUUGAAAGAAGAAAGAAAAGACCCAAUGAAAAGGUUGGAAAUGUUUAAAAAGAACUCAGGAAGCAGCGCUCCAACACCUUCAAAACCAAAAACCAAUACCAAACAAAAUCUGGUCACACACACGGCCCAAAUUGAAAGUGAUAUGGAUUUGAGAUCCAUCUCCUCUAGAAGUACUGACUCAGGGAAACUUAGAAAAAUUAAUCAAGUUGAUAAAGUAAUGGAAGGUUCAACUAGGGUAACAAUGACUAACCCCUCAAAGAAAUAUCUGGUAUACACAAUAUCAACAAGUGAGGAUAAAACAGUGGAAAUUGAAAUCAAGCCUACCAACUCUGAUAAGCAAGGAUUAUUCACUGUCACUGUGACAUCAUCUAUACUUGUUUCAGUUAGUGAUGAGAAUGGCGGUUCCAAAGAGGUUGCUUUAGAUCAAAAACAAUAUCUGGACACUGACAAAUCAAUGAAGCUUAGUAUUCCUAUCAAAGCUAGUACUUCUAAUGGAAAAACAAUUGAUUUUGAGAUAAAUCCUCCUGAUGGUAUCAAUCAAGCAACCAUGGAUAUUAUUGUGAAGUUUUCUGCCCUGUCCACAGAGGAAUCUAUUGGUAUAAUUGUUGGUGUGGUUGUUGGAGUAGUUGGAGGUAUUGCAAUUCUUGCAGCACUUUUCUACUUGUACGUAUUGAAAAAACAAGGAGCACAAAAGAUUGAUGGUAAGGUGCUAACAGCUGCCUUGCAGGAAACACCUAAAGAAUUUUUCAGACUAGUAGGGAUUGCCUUCAAUUUCAGCAAGGAACAAGUCACCAAUUUACUGAAAAAGGGAUUAGCCACCGUACCAAGAUAA